UCAGUGGGAGGAUCUCUGCCUGCCUGCCCCGUUUCUCAACACCCACUCUGUAAAUUUAGCGAACACUGCAGCAAGAAGUGUGUCUGUGUGUGUCACGAUCAAGAGGAAGGAGCAAGCAGGGAUUAAGAUUAAUUAAAACCUCUCGUCCGGCUGGUGACAGAAAUGGCAGCCAUUCGGAAGAAGCUGGUGAUUGUUGGAGACGGAGCUUGUGGGAAAACAUGUCUUCUCAUUGUUUUCAGUAAAGAUCAGUUUCCCGAAGUCUAUGUCCCUACUGUGUUCGAGAACUACAUCGCUGACAUCGAGGUUGACGGAAAACAGGUGGAGUUGGCAUUGUGGGAUACCGCAGGCCAGGAAGACUAUGACAGGUUGAGGCCUCUCUCUUACCCCGAUACAGAUGUCAUCCUGAUGUGCUUCUCCAUUGACAGCCCAGACAGUUUAGAAAAUAUCCCUGAAAAGUGGACGCCUGAGGUGAAGCACUUCUGUCCCAAUGUUCCCAUCAUCCUGGUGGGGAACAAGAAGGACCUGAGGAACGAUGAGCAUACACGGAGAGAGCUAGCCAAGAUGAAGCAGGAGCCAGUGAAGACAGAAGAAGGCAGAGACAUGGCUGGUAGGAUCAGCGCUUUUGGCUACUUGGAGUGUUCUGCCAAGACGAAGGAUGGUGUGCGGGAGGUGUUUGAGAUGGCCACAAGAGCAGCACUGCAGGUCCGCAAGCGCAAGAAGAGAAGUGGCUGCACGGUGCUGUGAGCAGUCCAGACGCCAUCAAAUCAGCUGACCAAUUGGAGAAAAAUAACACAUGAAAAAGGACUGACCUAUUACCAAAUGGAUCUUUGUACUGUAUCUCACAUUUCAUGACAAAGACAGGCAGAUGAAUUGAACAUAAACAAACCUAAUACAGGAAAUGAACUAUAUGACAUCUGUGGCUAGAAAUUGAUGUUUCCGUAUUGAUUUGCUUUUGUCCCUCCCAAAAUCUGUCUUAACAAUUUACACUUUUUUUUUUUUUUUUUUUAAACUUGGCUUUGGUAGGUGCACAUUUGUAUGCGGUAUUGUUCUUCACAAGCUUCUCGGGCAAGUGGCAUCAUUCUUAGCUUGUAUAAAUAGGCAGUUCUGUUUCACUGUAGCAGUAGCGAUAGAGAAUUAAAGAUGAUAUCUUUUGACCAUAAGAGCUAGUGCCUUUUUUAAGUUUAUACACCACCGUCUGUUUGUCGGCGAGCUUGCAUUUCGGCUGAGGACCCCUUCAUUGUACUGUAGCUCAUUUUACAGUGUUGUCAUUGUGAAACCUGAGCAAAGCCAUAAGUAAAGGCUUUCAGUGCUCGUCAAGUCAAGCACAAUAAAUGGUUGCUUGUGUCAUUUUUUUGUUGGUAUGAAACAUCAGUUUCACCUUCUCAAUUAUGAGCCCACUCACAUCGAGGAUAAAGAAAGGCAGCUGCUUCUGUAAUGUAAUGUGUCAACAAAGGAGUGUGCUUCCCAUUCUGCAUAAAAUUAUUCACAUUCGCCCCUCGUAAUUGUUGCUAGAAGCUAGAUGGGAGGGGAGGGAGAGGUGGCCAACUGAGACGCAAGCCAAUAUGACUCAACUAUGCACAAUAGCUGUUAGGACCAACAGGGAGAUGACACAAGUGGAAUCACAUGUAGGCCACAGCCUGGUGAACCCUCCCUUGUUUGUUUAUUAUGAGUGACUAAGUUCAGCUCUUUUUGCUAAGUUAACUGGUUACACCCGUUAUUGGAAUCUUGUUUGUAAUGCUGGUUAGCCCAGUCAUGGAAAUCGCAUCCUGUUAGGCUGGAUGUUUCCGGUUGGACGACAUUCUUUACAUGUCUGAGAAGAGCCACAGUGUGAGUGAGUGAGUCUUUUGUUUUUUUUCCUGGUGCCUUCUCUGUUCUGGUGUGCCUUUUUCAGUUGUUCUCUCCCAGACCAGAUGGACUAGCUGCUGAAUGUCAAGCUGAUACUCACUGACAAGGUCAAGAGUCACCGUUCUGAUGUUUUGUUUUCCAAGGCUUGGUUCUUUAAAUAGAUUGAUGCAUGGUAAAAUGUGUUAUUUGAUGUAUGCCAUCAUUUAAAAAAAAAAACAUUUUGUGUAGGACACAUCUUUAUCUUGUCAGAUGAGCAAAAGAAGUUAAAGUUCUUGCAUCAUGUGAAAAUUACAAUAUGGUUGAUUGAGAAAACAUCUGUAUGCAACCAUUUCCUUUGAUGUUUUACUUAAAAAAAAAAAAUCAGUUACAACCUAUAGGAUGGAAUUUAAGCUCACUCUUUGGAAAUAUACUCGGCAUUUAAGGAUGUAAUUAAAUUUCAGUUCACUAGGACAUGCCAGAUCGUCCUCUAGUAUCUGUAUUUGCUCAUAUCCUCGCAGAAUACUCUAGUGAACUUCCCCUGAUGAUAAUAGCUUGAUAUUCUUGAAAGGCCCUCACCGACUGUCCUGGGGCACACUCUUUCACACCACUGUUGCUCAGUCAUCUACUUUACAUGUCCACUGGUUGCAUGAAGGGUGGAUUUCUUAAUACGGUAUACGUGGCAAAAACAAUAUCAUCUGUGUUGCAUGCAACCUUCUUACAAUUCCAUCAAAAGCGCCAAACCUACCAGUUAUUGUAAUACUGUGUGUAAUGCAAAUUUAAACCCCUCUGCUGGUGAAGCACAAAUGCUUUAAACGAGCGGGCCAGCAAAGAGGCUACAGCUCAGACGAGGUGUUGUGAUUGUUUUAGCCGACAAACGCACACAAACAACCUACUAAUGUUCUAUCCACCCUCCAAUCUUUAGAGGGCGGAUGCUACUUUUAACUCGGGACUCUGUGCACUAAUAUGGACAACAAGCACACCAUUUGGGCAAGGGUAAACAUUCAUAUCUCUACAACUUCUUAUCGAUGAAAACAUUUCAUAGUGGUGGUAUGGUGUUGACGUGUCUUAACAAGCUCUCGCAAGGAAUACUUGGGAAUUAGAGAUCGGCAGAGAGUUAAAUAACUUAAAGCUGGGAGUAGAAUCAUAACAAUUGAAAACGUUCCCAUAGAGCAGCGGAGGAGCUAUUGUUGAACAUAUCACUAAGAGCAUGUACUAUACUGCUGUCCAUGUGUAUGCCGAUAAUGUCCCGCUAAAAAAUGUCCUUGCUCUAUUGAUGCAUGCAUGAGAAAUCCAUGGGUCUUUACAGUGCACGCACAUACAGAAGCACUAACAUCGCACACCUCUGUGGGAACAGCUUCAGCUCAGUGUUGUGCAACUUUUAUUUCUCUCUCUGGAAGUAUUUGAAAUCAAUUAAAAGGAUCCAGAUUUCUAUAAAAGCUCAUUGUAAUAAUGCUUUGUAAACAGAAAGUGUUGUAGUGAACAUUUGAGCUGAAGUGAACAUGAACAUUGUUAAUAAACUAUUUUUGCGAAUA